UCGACGGAACAGAGAGUGGGAGAGAUGGAGGAGAGGCUUUACGAUGAACUAAUGCAAGAAAUAUUCCAGAGGCUUCCCUCAGCUUCAUGUUGUUCUGUGCCCCUUGUGUGCAAGAGGUGGCUCCAUCUCUACCGUUCUUCCAGAACAUCCCUCACCCUUCGCCUCUCCCAUCGCUCAUGCCUCCUCCCUUCUCUCUCCUCUUUCCUCUCCCACCACACUUCUCUCUCUUCCCUCUCUCUCUCCCUCUCUCCCCCCUUCUCUCCCCCCCUCUCCCUUCUCCUCUCGGUCAUCUCUUCCUCUUCUCCCAACCUUCUCGCUCUCAGCUUCAUGGCCGGCCCCGUUUCUCUCUCCUCCCUCCUUUCUCUCUCCAACUCAUGCCCCCGCCUGACAUCCCUCUCUAUCGCCCUCUCCAGGCCCAUAUUCCUCAAAUGGCUCUUGUCCUUCCCUUGCUUGAAAGACUUGUCUAUAUCCUUGUGUUCUUAUCAUGAUGGCGGUGGUUGUCUUCGCGAGGUGAAUAUGGAACAUGGGGUGCUGGAAAGUGAAUUUUUUGAUGCGGAAUUGGGGCUGGAGAGUCUUUGUUUGGUGGGUAUUACUGGAGAUGAUAGGGGGUUUGGUUGGUUAUGGAGGAGCUGUACGAAGCUCAAGAGGUUGAAGCUUCAGGGCUGUCAAGGUAUUGGAGGCUCUUACUCCUCUUUUGUGAGGUGCUUGCAGGGUCUUCAAGAGGUGGAACUCAGAACAUGUAGGAGUGUGGUUGAUGGGGUUCUCUUGAAACUCGUGGAGCAUUGCGAUUCUUUGAAUUCGCUUUUGGUUCAUGAUGGUGGUAGCAGAGAGGGGUUGCUACAGUUCUUUUCUCAAUGCAGGUCUAAGAUACUUAAACUUGAUCUUCGUUUACCUUUGGACCUUAAUAAUGACCAUCUUUCAGCUGUCGCCGGAAAUUUCAGAGGCCUUUCGAGUCUUAGGCUUCAGAGUUGUUGUUUUGUCAAUGGUGAGGGCCUUAAGGCUCUUGGGAUGGCAAUGAGUAAUGGGCUUGAAGAAUUGGCUCUGAUUAAUUGCGAUGUGGUUGAAAGAGAACCUGGGCUGCUUGCCACUUUGGGGCAGCAUUUGAGGCAAUUGAGGAAACUAGACUUGUCACAUAAUGAAAUGUUGCUUGACAAGGAGUUCAUUUCCAUGUUAGUUUCGUGCAUUCAUUUGAUUGAUUUGAGGGUGAGAGGGUGUAAAGGACUCACCAGUGUUGCUAUGGUUUCCAUGCUUAGGAGCUGCAAGCGCCUUGAAAAUGUAGAUAUUAUGCACUGUUUUGGGAUUGAAUCUGAUGCUAUUGAGCUGUUUGUUAAGAAUUCUUCUCGUUUGAGGAGGAUAGAGGUUGAGGGAAGCAAGGUUUCUGAUGCUGCAAAAACAUGGGCAUCAAGUAAAUUUAUUGAAGUUGUUUGAUUGGCUUGGUGGAAGGUUGAAAGAAGCAAGUGUAUAUUUCUUAAGUUUAAAAUAAACAGGUAUACUUCACACUUCACUCUGCUGAUCACUGUAUUUAUUGUUACGUUCACGUGUCUGUAAUUUAUGUUUGGAAAAUAUGAAGAAUAUUUUCUUCUCUCUUACUCUUUCGAUUUCAUUUUGUGGGAUCAAUCAAAUAAUGUAACGUUUAUAUUUAUCUACAAAAGGGUGGAUGCUGAAAGAACCACCGUUCACGGUUCACACUCCUGAUUACUCUAUUUAUUUUAUUACAUUCACGUUUCUAUAAAGCGCCAUUUAUAUUUAUAAUGUGAUUACACACUUUUCUUCUUUAGCGGCCACAAAACUAGUUUCUAUUGGUUCUCCUUCACAAAUGCUAUCAUCUUUGGUUUGUAUACCUAGUUCUUUUUUUUCUCCCUCUUAUUCUUCAUCUUGUUUCAUUUCAAUGUGUUGAUCUUUCUUACCACUUCUUUCUUCUUCUUCUUCUUCUUC